AUGGAUACCAUUACAGCCGUGUUGUUAGAUGCUGAGGAGCAACAGGCGAAGAACCACCGCCUGCAACUGUGGCUACGUCGGCUUCGAGACGUGUUGUACGAUGCGGAGGAUGUGCUCGAUGAACUCAAGUGUGAAGCCUUACGGAAGCGGGUAAUCAAUCGGUACGGGGGCGUCAAAGAGAAGGUACACCGCUUCUUUUCUCUCUCUAAUCCAAUGAUACUCCGUGCAAAAAUCAGUCGUAAGAUCAAGGAGAUUAGGGAGACAUUAUCAAAAAUUUCCAUCGAAAAGAAUCAGUUUGAUCUUAAUGUGCGGAGUGUCGACAAUGGUGUGGUGCAUUUGCGAUCACGAGAGAUGACUUACUCGUUCGUAAACAAGUUGGAUGUCGUCGGAAGAGAAAGUGAUAAGGAAAAGAUAAUUGAGAUAUUAAUGCAAUCAGAUCGGAAAAAUCUCUCGGUGAUUCCCAUUGUCGGAAUAGGAGGUAUGGGCAAAACGGCCCUAGCUAAAUUAGUUUAUAACGACGACAACGUGAAAGAGCAAUUCGAAUCACGACUAUGGGUGUGCGUGCCCGAGGACUUUGAUUUAAAGAAAACUAUCGAAGGAAUCAUCAAAGAUGCAACUGGUCAAAGCUCGAGUAACCUUGACAUUCAGCAAUUGCAAAUCUCUUUGCGAUACAUCAUCAAAGACAAGAAAUUUCUACUAGUCUUGGAUGACGUAUGGAGCAACGACCGCAGUAGAUGGGAAGAAUUGAAAGCUUUGCUAACCGAAGGAGCGAGUGGAAGCAAGAUAAUUGUGACAACGCGCAGUUCAAAAGUCGCUUCUAUAACGGGUACCCAUCCGGCACAUAAUCUAAGAGGUCUUUCUCAUGAAGACUCCAUGGCCUUGUUCAAAAAAUGGGCUUUCGACCAAAAGGAAAAGCACCCACGUCCUGAUCUCCUUGAAAUGGGAGAUGACAUUGUCAAAAAAUGUCAAGGAGUUCCUCUCCUUGUGAAAACUUUGGGGAGUCUACUUUUCGCAAAGGACGAAGUACCAUAUUGGGCUCAUAUAAGAGAUAGCGAGGUAUGGAAGUUAGUGGAAGAAAAAGAGGACCUUCUGCCAGUACUUAAGCUCAGUUAUGAUCAUUUACCGUCCCACUUAAAACGUUGCUUUGCCACAUUUUCGCUUUUUCCCAGAGGGUUUGAAUUUCAUAGCGGUCGUUUAGGUGCCUUAUGGAUGGCUUCAGGACUCAUUAGUUCAACAACGGAAAAAGAAGACAGUAGUGUUGAGUACGUCAAAGAGUUGCGGAAGAGAUCUUUGAUCCAAGAAGUUGAGGAGUCCGAAUCAAUAUUAACUUUUAAAGUGCACGAUCUAGUCCAUUCUCUUGCAACGAUUGUGGCUCGAAAUGAUUGCUCCAUUGUUGGCUUAGACACUGAAGAGAUUUCGGAAAGAGCACGGUACGUUUCGUUCUCUAGUUAUUCUUCAGAGGGUAUCUCAAAUUUUGAUGGAGUCCCACCAUUUCUGAGAAAACCAACUUCGAAGAGGCUCCAUGUAAUUGAUUUUCAAUUAGAUGUCAAGGAUGGAGUUAUUACUAGAGAGUUUGCUAGCACCUGUGUCUCCAAGUGUAACAAUUUACGGUAUGUGUAUUUAAGAAAUGGUAGUCUUGAGGAGCUUCCAAGUUCAAUAUGCAACUUGAAGCAAUUGAGGACGUUACUUCUCUCUGGGAACAAGCGACUGAAGAAGCUUCCGGAUACCAUUUGCGAGCUGCAGAGUUUGCUACACUUAUAUCUCGAUGGUUGCUCAGAGUUAGGCGAAUUACCCAAAAAUAUGCAGAGGCUUGUCAGCCUUAGACUUCUAACAGUAACAACAAAGCAGAAGAGUCCGUAA